AUGGAUUCAUUAGACACCCAAUACCUAUACCGAGAGACUCGUCUCAAUCUCGAACCGGCCUACGCCUCGUCCAUCGUCAACAUCCGCGUCCCCUCGCUGACGUCGAACGGGAGGGGCGCGACCCGCAAGCUCACAAGCGGCGACAAAAACAUUAGCGAAGACGAAGUUUCUUUUCGGCUGAAAAACCUAGCACCUGCCUCAUCGGUCUACCAUCGGAAAUGGCACGAUGCACCACGUAGCUUCCUUUGGAGGCUGUUGGACGAUGGCCUCGUCCUGAGUUUGCGAGCGGUCGACACCUGCCGACAGGAGAAGACGAUCGAUGCGCCGCUGAUCCUAAACUUCCGAUUCACAGUGCCUAUCCAAUCGUCCUGUAUUGCUUUCGCCGAUCCCCGAGAGCACGAUGCGCUAUCCGUGUUCGUGCUCGACGAAGCCAACUGCCUGUACUCCUUUACUCUCCGCCCCGACUUCUUCAGAAAGCGCUCCGCCAUCGAGGCUGGCCCGGGAGAUGCUUGCAAGGUGUACCAGCCAAAGGUCUUUGGCUUUAAACAUCCGCAUCGUAUGGUUGCGGCGAGCACCGACCAGAUUAUUAUUUCCUUGCAUGACGGCGGGCUGGUGAGAUUAGAUCGGAAUAAGACACAGGACUCGACCAGCAACCCCUGGAAGGAGACGAUCUACAACUCACAAGGAUGGGCGCAGGGCAUUCGCAGCUACCUUCCGUUCCAACAGAAUCAGUCUAUCCGAUACCGCAACAUCCACAUGGACGCGAGCGCAGCGACGUCGAUACAGGUCACAAACCUGGGCCUUGAUGAUGCCGCAUUCCUCUUCACAGUCUGUCUCGACCACCGUAUGCGCAUCUGGAACCUCCGGACCGGCCAGAUCUUGUUCACCGGCGACAUACUAAACUCUGACCGCAACCCCCAAGAAGUCGGCAAGUGGCAGAUUGAGCCGACACAGACAAAUUUGCUGCAGUUGGUUGGCGAUGGUACAGGCAACAGGAUGUGCGCCACGUAUUCGCCCAUUGGGGCAGGAGAGUUCAAGUUCUGGCACAUCAAGGCCCGCGAUAGCGACACCGUCUACGUGGAAGAUGCCUUCCCGGAUACUCACCUUACCCCAUCAUCACCAUCGCUUUCGGAUGUGUGGACCCUGGCGGACUUCGUACUUUCAAACCUUGCCGAUGGCGGUAUCCAGCUGUGGACACUGUGGAAAAACAAUAUGACUUACAGAGUUCAGGAGCUGGAUCUCAAUAGAGACAAUAUAGCCGAGUCAUGGGAGAGCGAGUGGGCGUCAGUCCACAUUGACACAAGUUAUCCAACCGCACCGACGUCCGGAUCCUCUGAUCCUACAGACCCGACAGAGAAGUGGUUAGAUCUUAUCCUCACCCCUGGCCGCUUCACCAAAGCAACACUCGAAACGGCUCUGUCUAUAUACGAAAAGGGACUUUACUCCCAAAAAGAGGGCAGCUCAAAGAGUCAGCAAAAGGGCCUGGCAGAGUCAAUCUGUUCUGUGCUUGCUUCAACAGCAUCCUUGGACCGGAAGUCGGCUGGUGGUAUGGACUACGAGCAAUUUCGUGCCAGCAGCGAGACCCAGUGGAGGAGAUUUUACCGUCUUCUGAUCGAAUUGGACAAGCAACGUGGCGAGGCAGUUGCUCUGGUCCUCGACGCAGAUUCUGACAUGACGUGGGUUGUGUGCGCUGAUGCGAUCUCCGCCAUUAGAGAAUGCAGCUCCCUGGAGCGGCUGUACUACAACCUUUCGCGACCAGAUGAGGCCUCGGAGAGAAUAGCAAACCUUGUAUCGACGGGCGUCGGUUUCCUCGAUGCGAUUUCCGACAGUAUACAACAAGUCUGCACUGCCGCCCUGCGACCUGAAAUUUUUGAGGAGACGCCUCGAACAGACUACGAACGGCUUCAAUACCUCUUCGACACUACCGCUCUGUGGCGCACCGUUAGCGACGAAGACUGCGCACAGGUCAUUGAAAGCCUGGGACAAGCUUAUACCGGUGUUACGAUGGACCUAUACCAGAGCUUUUCCUGUUUGAUCGCGGCUACAGAGGACUCUGGCAGCCGCAAGGCCCGUCAGCCGCUGACUGACUUUGGAAGGAAGCUCAUUGUCAAGGCUGUUCAGGAUACGAUCGAUUUGCAAUGGAACAUCAUCUUCAGCCAGGUCUUGCUCCUGGUGCACAUGGAGUUUGACUGGGAUCAAGAGGAGGACAUGCUCUCUAAACGGAUUGACGUCAGCGCCGUGUUCAGACAAUUCCUCGAGUCACUUCGUCGAUUAGAGCUGCUUCGAUGGCUUUCCAAGACUGAAAUCACCGUUCCUGUUGGCAACAAGCAUGAGCGCAACGACUCCUUCCCAGGCUCGCCCAACACCACUAAGAAAACUGGAGAGGAGACUCAGACGGUCACCGCUUUGGAGGGCAACGUUGGUCAUCUCCUCGGCUUUGUCGACAACAGGAACGAGCCUCUCGCUACGAGCAUCACAGAUAUCGUCACGGACCUCUGUGCCUCUAAUAGCGACAUCGAGGUGUCACCUACUCUGAUCCAGUGCUCACUCAUUAGGAGGGAGCGAGCCGAUCUUGCUCUUGAGCUCACCCCCUACUGCACUCAAACGCCAUUCGCCAUAUAUAUCCAGGGUCGCGUAUUCCUUGCCCUGAAAGACUUUGCCUCGGCCGCCUUCCACUUCCGUAAAGCGGCGAUAGGCAUGAGUGUCAAGGAUGUAGAUGUCGACCGACACAGCAGCGGGCUCCUCGAUGACACCGAGUGGAACCUGCUCAACAAGGGGCCGGCCCGGUACCACUGCCACGCAGUAGCUCUGUUUGAGAAGGCCAAGGCGUACUCCUAUGUGAUUGAGUUCGCCGGAUUGGCUAUACAGUACUCGCACGCGAGCCCCGAGGCUGCGCUGGUCCGAAACGAGAUGCUUAGCCGACAGUUCAACGCGGCGACGAUGCUCUCACGCUUCGACGUCGCCCAUACCAGUCUGCUGGCCAUGAAGGAUAAAGCAAUGCAACUCUCCUCCCUUCGCAAGCUGGUUGACAAAAUGUGCGAAUCUUACCAUAAUAGCGAACUCAUGUCGCUGCCGUUCCCGGGCCUACAAGACUCGAUUGACGAGAUCCUGGCACAAAGAUGCAAGGCGACAAUGGACGUCUUGAGCGGCAUUCCAUACCACCAGAUCCUCUACUCCUGGAGGAUCAAACAUAACGACUACCGCGGCGCCGCUACGGUACUGCUCGACCGCAUCCAGAAAUUGCGGCACGCCGGCGAGGGCGACAAGCUCAUUGGCGAAGAUAUACUCGACACAGCAGUCACGAAGCAGUAUCUGCUGCUCAUUAAUGCCCUCAGCUGCGUCGAUCCAAAGCAAGCCUGGAUCUUUUCCGAGGAGCUACCACCUCCUAACUCGAGGGAGACGACCUUCCUGGGCAAGCGCAAGGUCGUCACAUUGCCGGACCUGCGUAAGCAAUACCAGGACGAACUUGACAGAAUCGCCGCCAUCCAGAACAACCAGUUCGGAUUCGAGGCUGACGAUGCAGUGGACAUUUUGUAA